CGGAGUUUGGCGCUGAGGCGUCCCGGGCAUGUGACCCCCCUCCUUCAGCCAGAUUAAUCGCUUCACCGCUGCAGCCUCCGAUUAAACUUUCCAUGCUGUUGCCCGUCCGACGGACAGCACUUUGGAGGUUUGUGUGGACCGUGUUCGCUCCCGCUCGCUCGCCCGUCCGCCGCGCUCCGGCUCUCCACCCUCGGCUCUCCAGGUUCAAAGGAGCUCACGCGGCCAGUGGAGCUGGCCCGGGUCUCCCGCACGCAUGGAGGGAGACGUUAUGGACAAAGUGGAGGCCACGGCAACGGUCCGCGACUUCGACCCCAUCAGCGGAAGCAUCCCGGCCACCAAAGUGGAGAUAACCGUGUCCUGCAGGAAUCUGUUGGACCGAGACACUUUCUCCAAAUCUGACCCAUUGGUUGUGUUGUACACCCAGGGCGUGGAGUCCAAACAGUGGAGAGAGUUUGGGAGAACAGAGGUGAUAGACAACACGCUAAACCCAGACUUUGUCAGGAAGUACAUCCUGGACUACUUCUUCGAGGAGAAGCAGAAUCUGCGCUUUGACGUGUAUGAUAUUGAUUCUAAAAGUCCAGAUCUGGCAAAGCAUGACUUCCUGGGACAGGUCUUCUGUACGCUGGGAGAGAUCGUGGGCUCACCUGCCAGUCGCUUGGAGAAACCGCUCGGUGGUAUACCCGGGAAGAAAUGUGGAACUAUUAUCUUGUCUGCGGAGGAGCUUGGAAACUGCCGAGAUUACGCCACCAUGCAAUUUUGUGCCAACAAACUGGAUAAAAAGGACUUCUUUGGAAAGUCGGACCCCUUCAUGGUCUUCUACAGAAGUAAUGAGGAUGGCACGUUCACUAUCUGCCACAAGACCGAGGUGGUGAAGAACACACUGAACCCCGUGUGGGAGCCCUUCUCCAUCCCUGUCAGAGCGCUCUGCAAUGGAGACUAUGACAGGACAAUCAAGGUGGAGGUGUAUGACUGGGACAGAGAUGGGAGCCAUGAUUUCAUCGGUGAAUUCACCACAAGUUUCAAAGAGCUGUGUCGGGGUCAGAACCAGCUGAAUGUGUAUGAGGUGGUGAAUGCCAAGAAGAAAAUAAAGAAGAAGAGAUACAUCAACUCUGGGACGGUAUCCUUGUUGUCAUUCAGUGUAGAGUCAGAGCACACCUUCCUGGAUUACAUCAGAGGAGGGACUCAGAUUCACUUCACAGUGGCCAUUGAUUUCACAGCAUCAAAUGGAAAUCCAUCACAGUCCACUUCACUACACUACAUGAACCCAUACCAGAUGAAUGCCUAUGCCAUGGCCCUGAAGGCAGUUGGAGAGAUCAUCCAGGACUAUGACAGUGAUAAGAUGUUCCCUGCCCUAGGAUUCGGUGCUAAGCUGCCCCCUGAUUGGAGGGUUUCCCACGAGUUUCCACUGAAUGGCAACGUUGACAACCCAUACUGUAACGGUAUGGAGGGGAUUCUUGAAGCGUACCAUCAAAGCCUUAAGACAGUUCAGCUCUAUGGACCCACCAACUUCGCUCCUGUUGUUAAUCAUGUGGCAAGGUAUGCAGCAGCAGUGCAGGACGGAUCUCAGUACUUUGUCCUGCUCAUCAUCACUGAUGGAGUGAUUUCGGACAUGGCUCAGACCAAGGAGGCCAUAGUGAAUGCAGCCAAACUCCCCAUGUCUAUCAUCAUUGUUGGAGUUGGCCAGGCUGAGUUUGAUGCAAUGGUUGAGCUGGAUGGUGAUGAUGUCAGAAUCUCCUCACGGGGGAAGGUGGCAGAGAGAGACAUCGUACAGUUUGUACCAUUCAGAGACUACAUGGACCGCACAGGUAACCAUGUGCUGAGCAUGGCCCGACUGGCUAAAGACGUACUGGCUGAGAUCCCUGACCAGCUGAUCUCCUACAUGAAGAGCAGAGCCAUUAAACCCAACCCUGUGCCAGUGUAUUCGCCCAGUGAUGAGCCGCCGACCAACCCCGUGUGAGCCCCUCCCCACCCACGCACACAAAGCUCUGCGUCGGGCAGAGCAAGGUUGAGAUCGAUGGGAACCACCAACACUUCUUUGAAGCAAAAAUGCUUUCGAGGCCCUUCCGUAAAUAUUAAUCCAGCGUAACACAAAGAUGAUGAGACUCCAUUGUGGUUUGGAGCAGUGAGACUGCAGAGAGGAACCUGCUAUGAUGAGGGAGCUUACUCUCUCUGAGUGCUUGAGGACCGGAGCGCUGAGAGACCGGUGUGAAAGGAGCUUUCAGUUGUUCACUGUCAAACCUGGCAAAAUGGUGAUGUAAUGGAUAGCAAGUGAGCCCAUAAAGAGGGCCUGUUUGAAGGCAUAAAUAUAUUAGGAUGUGCCAGUGUGUAUCAUGUUUGUGAUACCUUUUGGAAUCAAUGUGUGUAAACUAGGAAAUCGUGUGUAUACUAAUUUAUUUAUUUAUUGCAGAAAUGAUCUAUUCCUUUUAGGGGGUUUUAAAGGGCGGGGUGUUAAAGUCAUAUUUCCCCAGAAGUUUUCCACCUUAUAUUUUGUGACCGGUAUAAUAAAAACGACCCCCAUUUCUACUUUGAUAAGGACUGUAAUAUAAGAGCAUGUGACAAAACCCAUUCAGCAGUUUAUUAAUCAUGUUCACCUAUGAAUAAUCUUUGAUUGCAAGCUAUAAAGUAGAGCACCUCCUGUGAGCUGUUGCCAUAUAGACAUUUUAGCACCAUGUGUUAUACAUCUUUCUUAUAUUUAUAUUUACAGAAUGCACUAAAUAUUGUCCAAAUAAAAAGCACAAAGGCAAUAGUGGUGAUAAGCUGAAAAACUCUUAUUUUGAAAGGACUAGCCACAAUGACAAUAAUGGAAAGGACCCCGGAUUAUGUUUUUGACAUUGUCUGUUUUUAUUUUAAAUAGGAUUAUCACUACUAUUAUACUCAUAUUUAAAUUAACUUGUAUCUAUCAUAAAAACAAGCACAUACUCACUUUUCCAUGUAGUAAGUAAGGAAAUGUAGAUAAAACUAUUCUCAUGCUGCCAUCAUUUUCCAUCUUGCUGCUUCUUUCCAUUAUGUUUGUUGUGGUGACAGUUUAAUAUCUGAGAUUUGGUUCAGUAUUUUUAAAGGAGCCUUCAAAUACGGUAUACUUUUGAAAGACUGAUGUCAACUAACAGCCAUUUUUCUCCUCAUUAAAUUUGAUUUGUUUGUUUUUCCCCAGAAUGAAGAUUGAACAAUCAUAAAUCUUGCAACAGAGUAAAAAAUAUAUUUAGGCACUGAGUGUUUUUUUAAGUGACUGCACAAAACAAAAACAGACCAUUUUAUUUUAUUCCAUCCUGUCUGCUGUGUCCUCUGUGUCUCGACUGUUCUCUGAUCAUUUUGUUUUAUACUAAUACACAACGGCCCAUUUUAUAACUCAUCGGGAUGCUAUUUAAAUGCUUAAAACCACAAUUACACAAUUCUGUUUUAAGAUUUAGUUUAAGCUUGUUGAGAUAUAUAUAUAUAUAUAUCGUUUUGGCGACUGUGUAUAAAUUGUGUAAAAAAAAAAAAAAAAAAAGACAGUUGUGGCCCAGUUGUGUACAUCAAGUUAUCCAUAUAUAAUGGCCAUUUUCACAUAGUCACUCAAUAUCUUGAUCCAGAUGUGCCUAUUUAUAUGGAAACAUAUCCAAAUUUAGUUACCCAGGUGUGAUUCUGCCAGCAUGUUUUAAGAUGUACACACAGAAAAUGUUGGAGAUGAUAAAACACUUGUGAGAUUAGGACUAUUUCAGCCAAAGGAGCUGGUACACACUGUCUCCGCCACUGCUCUGCACUUUUUUAUACUUACAGCUCUUCACUAAGAAUCUUUGAAGUAAUAAAUGCUACCAGUGUCAUCGAGCCUUGUUGUACAAUAUUCAAAGUCAAGACUUGUUUACAAUUCAGCUGUGGCAUUUACAUAGCCUCAAGGAAAAAGUAAACAUUCAUGGGUUUUAUUAAGAAAUUCCUUUCUGUUUUGUUAGCACAUUAUUCAGUGUUUCAAAAUGAUUUCACUCAAUGAAACUGGAGAACUAAUGUUUACAAAGAUUUUUUUGUGUUGUUCUCUGUGAAUGUGAAGCUCGGUUGUGUUUUCUUUUGUGUUCGGAGUUAAAUGUGUUUGCAUAAUUCAUGUUGCUUUAGAGUUUUUGUUUGUUGUUCUUUGACUCCCAUGGCUGUGUUGCUCUCAGAGAGCAGAAAGAGUCUGAUGAUACUGCAGAAAGUCAGUCCUGAGGUGCUGAACUCGUUCUGUCAUGAGUCCAGCUCCAUAUUUGUUUUUUUUUUCCUUUAAUUUUUUUUAUUAGUGAUGACAUUUCCCUCUCAGAAGACAAAGCAGGGUUUAAUCUGCCGACCGAGUUCUUGGUUCAUCACAUUUCAAAUUAGGCUGAGUUACAUAAUGGUCAAAAAUACCAGUAUGCCUCUACAGAAAGCCAUUCAACACGAUGAUAAAAAAUCCAUAAAAACAGAAAAUGUCCUGAUAAGUCUUUUUUUUUCUUUUACAGAAGUUUAUGGGCAUUUCUAUAAAUGUCAAAUGGUAAAAUUCAGUGUAUGGUUGAAAAUACGGGAAAACACCCCCCAAAAAUGAAUACGGAUAUUCUUUAUUUUAAGAUGCUACAUGCUGUACUGUAUUUUUACCAUUUCAGUGAAUCUAAAGGAAAUAAUUUGUACUAAACACAUUUAUCAUAAGAUGACGUAUGAACUCAAUAACUUAUAAAUAUAAUUAAUAUAAAUAUAUACAGGCCUGCACUGCUUUUUGAAAUGCUUCAUUCAGUAUUUAAUGAUGACUCAAAAAUAUUUCUGUUGUGGAUACAAAUUUUGGUGACUGUUAAGUUACGUGACGUACAUUGCACGUGACACACAAAACAAACGCUAAGCGAGAACAGCCAUCGCAUUUGCAGGGGGACAAUGAAAAAAGCAUAAUGUGAAAAUCCAAAGUGGGAUUUGUAAUAAAUCUUUUUUUAAAAACUUUUAGAUGUUAGAAUUACUUUAUGUAUGACGAUGUUCAUGCAAAGUUUCAUUCAGAUUGGCCCACCCGUUAAGGAGGACAUAGGAUACAUGCAAACAUAAUAUAUACAUAUACUGUGCUCGUUAAACCUAAAACGCAUGCAAAUUUCCAAACUUUGUCUGUGGAGUUUUAAAUAAUAGUUAAUUAAAAAAGUAGCACUGAAGGGUUUUAUGCUGUUUUUCUGAGAUAAUAAUAACAAUUUCGCCAGUGAAAUCAGGAAACUUCAAUCCUUAGUAAUUUAGGAAAAAAAGCUAAAUAAAUAAUCAAUAACACCUCUGACACUUCAAAUUAUUUGUGAAUUUUAUUACUCAGUAUAAAUGAUGUCUUUUGCAGCGACAGAGUCAUUCCGUUUCUCUCGGUGGGAAUGGCUUUGUUUCUUUUUUCCACUUCCUUUCAAAUUCUGUUUGAGGCUGAACUCUAAUUAUGUACAUAGGCCCCGCAUAAAGAACAUUCAGUGCCAACGUGUGUUCAGUAGUUGAACUUGGCCUCUUUAGAAAAUGUGCAUGUUUGUGCCAAAGUGGCAGGAAGUUUGGUAGUUUGCCAUCAUUUCACCUGAUUAGUGCAUCUGCCAGUGCGUCAUUAUCGUUACUUAGGAUGUAUUUGGAGAUAAACAGCCACAUCCAGCAUGUUGCAUCUAUUGUUUCUUUUAUUCUGUUCCUAUGAGACACAUACUGUAUGAGUUCUUCUUGCCACUAUUCCUGUUUUAUCCCAGGUUGUUUACAUACCUCUCUUGGUCUUUGACUUGCAUGCUGAAUAUUUCCAAACCAGGUGUUGGACAUGAUAUUGUCGUCAUACUGUGGUUUGUGAAAUGCUUUGUAAUGGAUUGCCUUAAGAUUAAUAAAAUAUUGACAACUUU